AAUAUGACAGUUGCUAUGCACGCUGCCUAAUCGUGUGAAGCUUGGUUAGCAAAUAGCAUGUCUAAGAAUCAUGAUGUUUACUCAGCGACAUUAAAGUGCUAGAAUGCAAACGUUUGAGUCAGACAAGGAAGAAGUCGAGUACCCGGGUGCUCAUUUGAGAGAACUGAGGGUGCAACCUACCUCCCUCCCAAAGACAACUGCUUGUGUCCGGUCGAAUCAAAGCCCGAAGCUGUUGAAAGGUGCUCUGGAGCAGCUCCACUACGAUGACAAUGGGGAGGAAGAGGCGGUAAGAUGCGGUGGGGUUUUUGGCACCCUGGCCUCCACAACAGAGAAUGACCAACCAGCAUGGAGCCAGAAGAAGCAGAGCGAAGCUGUUAAUCAACUGAAGAGUCUGCUAUUGAAGCAGGGAAAGGAGAUACCCGCACCUCUCUCUCCUUCAAAGGACUUGGUCCCAGUGACUCACAACCCGCCAGACUAUAUUCAGCACCUGGAGGCUGAAGUCCGGUUCUGCAAAGAAGAGCAGCAGGGACUUAAACAGCGCAUCCGAGUGGUUGUGGGAGACAACGAGAAAUUGCGCGCCGAGCUCAAAGCCAAACAUGCGGAUGAGUCUCCUAAGGACGCCCACACAUUUCCAAACUGCUUGGAAGAACUAAAGAUUAUGCAUCAGGCCCAGUUUGAAACAUUGGAGGCCCAGGUCAUCUCCCUCAGGAGGGAUCUAUUGCAUAGUCAGAAGGAAUGCAAAGAGCUGAUGGCCUGUCUGAGACAAAGUGAAAAAGAGAUGGUGGCGUUGAAGGCCAAUGAGGCGCCGCGUGUGGCCGGCUUGUGUCUGAAGUGUGCACAGCAAGAGGCGGUCUUGGCUAGCGCUCCUGCCAACAUUCACGCCCAGGCACUUGACCGACUCACCAAGGAGCGCAAUGAGCUGCUAGCAGCCUUGAGUGCGGCGCGGUCCGCUCAGCAGGAAGUGCAGCACCGGGAGUGGUCGGCUUGUCUGCAAGUCAAAGGGGCGGUGGAGAUGGCCGAGGAGGCCCACUUACACAAAACUGAGCUGGAGGUGCAGUGCCAGCAGCUGUCCAGGGAGCUUGCUCGAGAGACGGCACAGCGAGAACGUGACGUCCUCGCCCUCAAGGACAAGCUAGCUAAGGCAAGGGAGGAAGGACGCAACGAAGGCCGCCGACAGAAGGAGGAGCUUGCAAAUACUGUGGCCUGGCUGUCCCAACGCACCGCUGAGCUGGAGGGCAACCUCAAUAGACUAAAUACAGACAAAAGCUCGCUGACCACUCAGCUUGAAGAUGCGCUUCGACAACUUGCAAGUGUGGAACAAGACAAAAGCAAAAUCAGUGCAGAGCUCCAGUACCAACUCCGCAGUGCCCAAAUCAAGAAAGAGGAGGCCGAGAGAGAAUUGCAGGACCUCAAGUCCAAGACAAGUAGGCAGGUGGAAAAUUCAACACAGGAAGUGGAAAAGCUGAGCUCAGAGCUGGUUGGCUGCCGGCAACGUCUGGAGGCGGUCCAGAGGGAUGGCGGCCAAUGGCAGGCUGAAGCCUUGAGCCUGGCUGAACAGCUGGCCGAUGCCCAGCGCCAACUGCACCUCACCAGUUCAUUUUCCUGUAUUCAGCACCUGAUUGAGCCAGCUGGGCGGGGUAACGUGACACACCUGUGCUGCAUUAGGAAGGCUCAAUAUUUAAGGAAGCCUGUCACCAUCUGCAAGUGUCGGAUUAUUGCUUGCUACUUGCCUUGCUUACCGCCUGUGUGUUCAUCGUCAGCCUUCGAGUUUCCCGACGUUCUACGGUUGUAUUUUGGUUUGGUCAUCUUUACGUUAGUGCUCUUUUGGGCAUUGUAGUUAGAUUCUUGUACUCUGUUAUAUUCAUGCAUUCUAGCGUGCUCUCUUGGUUGCACUUGUUAAACUCGCGUUUGUUAACGUGCUCUCUUAGUUGUUCUUGUUAAACUCGCGUUUGUUAGCGUGCUCUCUUAGUUGUUCUUGUUAAACUCGCGUUUGUUAGCGUGCUCUCUUAGUUGUUCUUGUUAAACUCGCGUUUGUUAGCGUGCUCCCUUUGUUGUACUUAUUAAAUACAAACAUUUACUCUACUGAUCUCCUGGUCUGUGUUUUGGAUCCACAUUAACGGCUUGCCGUUCAUAACAAUAACUAACACUGUAAAAUACAAACAUUAUAUAGAAGGUUCACCACUCAUUCUUCAUUAUCAAAAAUAUGGUACAACAAAAAGGAUUAAUGGCUUGCCAUAUAAUAAUCCAUAUAAACGCCAGUGAGUGAACCCAUCUUCAAUAAAGCAUGAGGUUUCUUCUCUUGACAGUACGAAAUCCUUAUCUGGCCACUUGCUGUCAGGACUAACAUUACACGUCCAUAUGUCCAUGGUGAAACUUAAGUGCCGUGCAUGGUUCCCGGUCAAAGUAUGGAAGCGUGUGGCAAUCUCAUCAUACUUUGCUGGUAAACAUUCGGCUUGGAAUGAUGAAACUGGGCUCCAAAUGACGAAGUAGCCGCCUGAAACCUAUGUCUUCGACGAGGGGAAAAAGGGUUGGUUGUCUAGCGCCAUCAUUUCUGUGAUCAUGUUUGUGAUCGCUAAAGCCCUCGGUCAUCUUUGUGAAACUUUUCUAAGGCCUUGUUAAAUAGUACAACCCCGGCGGUCUUAGCUGGCUUUGGAAUUGGAUGGGGAGCUUCUUUCGCAGCUCACGGGUACUCAUACUCUUUUAAAACACCUUCAAAGCGAUUGUCAUCUUUUAAGUGUUUUAGCUCGACACUUUGCUCCUCGUGGAACUUCGGCUUUGCAUUUGUUACAAACUGCGAGUGAAGCGUUUUCCACUGACAACUUGAAAAAAACCCACACUACCGACGCCAAGGUGCAGACUGCCGUCGUUUGAGCGUUACGUCACAGAAGGGAGCGCUUGAUUUGUGGCACAGCUCCCUCUUCCUACACCAGACAUAGUCACUGAUACGUCAAACUGGCAAAACAGGAGUAGAAACAAACACACACAUCCCGAUCCACCGACACCUUGCCAAAAAUAUUAUACUGUAUGUUAUCGGGCCUAUUUAUAAUGUCAUUGUAUUUAUUGGGAUGACGUCAUAAUUCCUACUAUCGGACCGAUAAUUAUCGGACCAAUAAUUAUAGUGUACCUAUAUCAUGCACAGGCGUGUUUGCCCAGAUUGUUCGACUUAAAGCAUCUCUAUUGAAGUGGGAAAAAAAGGGCUUUUUGGUGCAGUCUCGGUUAAAAUGUCAGGGCAUUAGUGGCGCAUGCAUGGAGUACAAAUUAACAAUCAAUCAACACAAAAAAUUCCGUACAGUACCUUCAAAUUGUUCUUCUGUAGUGGCACGAUGGGUCUUUUCUUGACUAGUCUGCAUUUGCUGUAAAUAACUCACCUUCUCACAAACGUAGCCUUGGUAAUCCUUGCAAGUUGUAACCAAGCUAAAGGUUGCGCUGGUAGGUAGAAAUCCUGAACGCACCCAAAGCGGCAACAUCAUGAUGAUGCCUUGGAUCGCGAAGCAAAAUUAAUGAAUGAUGCAGAAAAUAUCAUGCUUGUCAGCCCACAAAAGUCCAUAAAUUAGUCGCUUCGUUAGUAAAGCUGGAAGGUUCAACAGGAGAGGAAAAAGUACUUCAAAACAUAUGAAUUUUUUUCCUAGUAUUUUGGAUGGCCUUCAUUGUGUGAUGUAAGGCCUGAUACCUUGCGGUCAUUUAAAUUGUUGUCGUUGUCUCAUCUCUUAGAAUGUGAACAACACACUGAAAAAAACUGUUUGAAUACCAAUUCUAGUUGUGAGUUGCACAAACCUUUUUAUUUAUUGGUCAUGGAUCACAACUCCUGUUGUCUAUUUUACCUUUCACUUCCUUGAUGAGAGCACAGAUUUGAAAAGGUCAAAUUAAGUCUGAAUGUAAAAGUUUUCUGUAAUCGUUUUCAUUUUGUCAGAAGGCAAAAACUCUGUCACCCAUCUUUUUCCCCGCCUGUCAUCUGCUGCCCGACGACCUGCCGCCUCCGUCGUCGUCCACACCAACGCUUGCCAGCUGCCCAGGGCGCGCCGCCACCCCUGCCACCCUGCAGCCGUGAUGUUUGAGAUGGGCACAGAUGUGACCGUGCUGCCCCGUCGUGCUGUGUGUGUGUAUUUGUGUUCACUCUGAACUGUGUUUAGGCGUGUUUGUCAACUGGCCAGCACUAACACUCGAAACUGGCUGCAUGGUGAGCUGUCAUGUAUUUCAGACUCUACGUGUGUAUUUAUGUGUUUGGUAAGCAGUUUUGCAGAACGGCGAAUUUAAAGACGUUGAGCUGGAAUAGAGUAACUGUUGGCGCAAAUCAUCACAUCACAGCGCCGUGCGUGUGUGAUGUAGUUUUAUGGCACCGCAGAUGCACGCUGUGAUGUUGGACAGCUGUUGACUUGGCCGAAGAGGCUCCCAUUUUAAUUCAAUUUUGCACAUUAGUAUUGAUAGCCACUUGUGAUUUAUUCCCCAGGCCAAGGAGAUUAUUUUGUUGCUUUGCACAUUAACAUGAACCUGAGACAUAGAUGUAUUCUAAUUACAUGUAGGUGAGUUCAACCAAAGAUACAACUACUUUUUAUGCCCCAUUUCUUGUGUUGGAUUACAUUAGGUUAAGGAAAUGUCUCUCUUUUUACUCAUUCCAAACUAAACCAUAAACUCAGUGUCCGCGGCCCGGCUGUUCCAACUGGGUGUUGCUUUCUGUCUCACUGUAGGCCUUCGUGGGUCACGCAGAGCUGCGUGAGGCCCAGUCUGUAACUGCGGUGGUUUGCUUUUUGUGUAGUUGUGUUGACUGUGUACGCAUCGUAGUACUGAGUCUCCUUUUUGACCCUCCUGAUAAAGGGGAAAAAAACGCUUUGAUUGCCUCUCAGCUUUCAUUUUCCGUCUGCCUUGUGGAACAUGUGAUCACAGCCUAGAGCGCCUGCUUCAUUGCUAGCAUCUUCUCUUCCGAUUAAUACCAACAGGAAGUGUGUAUUGGUUUCUAUCCAUACACAUACAUGAACAUCACUCAUGAUACCACAUGCCUACACACAUUCAUGCACACGCGCCCACACAGAUGCACACACUCACGCAAUUGGGGGUCCCAUGGCGGCUGGUGUGCUCCAGGAUUGGAUCAUCAGCCAGCUGUGAGUUGGACAGCCAAGGAUCUGUCCUAAUCCUCGUCACUCUGUUCACAUCUACACACACACAUGUACGCAUGCACACACACAUUCCGCAGCCCCAACUCAGCAGAGGGCUUUACUAAGUUUGUAUUGAUUGUUUGCUCCCUUCUUUUCCGUUCCUCCUCCUCAUGGUUGGUCUUCCGUGUUGUAUUAGGAGCUCCCAAAGGUGCCCCGGUGUGAAAAGUGGCCAUCAUGGUCAUCUCAAGCCAGGCACGUGUUUGUUAUUUUUCUGGGACAUUAUCUGAAAGGCCUCCUAGUUGUCCAUCUCCGUGAAAUCAGAAAUACAUAAUCAUGACUGAGUGUGUUGGCUCUACGAUCAGGAAGUUUACUUGUUGGACACUUUGUCACAACUUGCAAAAGGAAAUGCUAAAAUUAUCCAAAUUAACAAAAUAUGCACACUCAAAAAAAUCAUCAGCGGUCUACAGUUGGCAACUCAUUAUUUACCGUAUAAUGGGUUGGUUUAAUGCAAACGUUGUGAACUGGAGUUCUGGAUUAUCCACUGUAUAUAUACAUACGUAUACAGCCUAUAAAACUGACUUGGGUAAACCACACUGUGAAUGUAGACUCUGUGUUUAUUCAUGAUAUGCCUAAUACUAAUUUACAUGAUAAACUUAAUAAGGGGGAAAAAAUGGUAUUGUCUGGUGACUGGUCCGGCCCAAAUAACGUAAUUUUCAGACAAUAAGGGGCACCUGACUAUAAGGUACACCCACCAAAUUUGACAAAAAAAUUCAUUGUUCAUCCAUAGGCCACACAGGCUAUUGGGCACAGGUUUCCGUAUUGUAUUUUAUAUUCACACCAAAAGACAUGCAUCUUAACGGCCUGUCACAUAUCUACAUAUUCGCAGCAAUAGACUAAAUGCCAUGCGGUUCAAAGCGAAGGAAAACGUAGCGGCUUUUGGUCUAAAAUUUAGGCUACAUAACAAGGGCGUAGGUUUUGUCUCAACAUUGGUAGGGACGAUGUAACAGCAUAACCUGCAUAUACAGUUUUUGCUGGGGACAGGACAUUAAAACGACCAAGCAGAUUAUUGAACGAGGGUCAGGGCUACAUUUCUCUCAAAUAUGAACCUAAUUAAUUAAUGGGCUAAAUGACCAAUGCAAAAUAAAUCUGUACAAUUCUAACCUUCAUGCGUAUUAGUUCAUGAGAUACACCGUUUGAUUCAAACCUUUGUUUUCAAAAACUACUAAAGAAACAUUUUGAAAACUUCCAGAAUAAAUGUCUUGAUUUUAUUAGCAAUUUUAAAUUGCAGUUAUAUUGAUGAGUUAUAAUUGCGUUAUAUUAACAUAAACAACUAGAAACUGCAAUUUCGGGAGAAAUUACACACCUUGGUCUUUCCUCUGUGGAGAUACAGAUCUUAGCCCCACUCAGGUCUAUCAAUAGAAUGGAUCAUAAUGCCAGUCAUUGGCAAAAAACAAAGUAAAAGCCGUUAGAAAUGAA